AUGGAUCCCUCGGAGAAAAAGAUCUCGGUGUGGAUCUGCCAGGAGGAGAAGCUGGUGUCCGGCCUCUCCCGCCGCACAACUUGCUCGGACGUGGUGCGGGUGCUGCUGGAAGACGGCUGCCGGCGGCGACGGAGGCAGAGGAGGGGCUGGCGGCGGGGGGCGGCUGGAGACUCUCCAGGCCUGGGGGAGCUGCUGGAACCCCCGGACGACGACGACGACGACGACGAGGACGACGAGGAGGCAGUGCCACAGGGGAUGCUGUGCGGACCCCCUCAGUGCUAUUGCAUCGUGGAGAAGUGGCGUGGCUUUGAGCGCAUUUUGCCCAACAAGACGCGCAUCUUGCGCCUCUGGGCCGCUUGGGGCGACGAACAAGAGAAUGUGCGCUUCGUGUUGGUGCGCAGCGAGGCGUCACUGCCCAACGCGGGCCCCCGUAGCGCCGAGGCGCGCGUCGUGCUCAGCCGGGAGCGCCCCUGCUCGACCCGAGGGGCCCCUGCCCGGCCCAACCUGGCCAUGACCCAGGAGAAGCAGCGGCGGGUGGUGCGUAAAGCCUUCCGCAAGCUGGCCAAACUCAAUCGGCGGCGCCAGCAGCAGCCGCCGUCUCCCUGUUCGUCCACCUCGUCUUCCACUGCCUCGUCCUGCUCGUCGUCGCCGCGGGCUCACGAGAGCGCGUCGGUGGAGCGCAUGGAGACGCUGGUGCAUCUGGUGCUCUCUCAGGACCACACCAUCCGUCAGCAGGUGCAGCGGCUCCGGGAGCUGGACCUCGAGAUCGAUCGCUACGAGGCCAAAGUGCACCUGGAUCGCAUGCGGCGGCACGGGGUCAACUACGUGCAGGACACUUACUUGGUGGGUGCGGGCAUCGAACUCGACGAGGCCAGUCCGGUAGAGGAGGCGGCGGCGGUGGCGAAGGAGACGGAGGCCUCGGCGCCCCUGGACGGCGAGGCGCAGGCGGCGGCGGCGCUGGAGGAGCUGACCCGGCGCUGUGACGACCUGCUGCAGUUGCAGGAGCAGCGGGCCCAGCAGGAGGACUUGCUGGAGCGCCUCUCAGCCGAGAUUCAGGAGGAGUUGAACCAGCGGUGGAUGCGGCGGCGCCAGGAGGAGCUGGCGGUGCGGGAGGGACCCCCGGAGCCUGACUGCGGCUCCGACGGCGAGUUGCUGCUGGAGCAGGAGCGGGUCAGGACACAGCUGAGCACUAGCCUCUACAUCGGGCUCCGGCUCAAUACGGACCUGGAGGCCAUCAAGUCGGACUUGGAUUACAGCCAGCAACAGUGGGCCAACAAGGAGCGCGAACUGCAGGGCCUUCUUCAGACUUUGCACACUUUGGAGUUGACCGUGGCGCCCAAUGGGUCUCCAGGCUCCAGCGGACCUUCCCGGGACCCUCAGCCUCAGAUCUGUACCGAGGUGUGGGUAGACCAGGCCCGCGGACUAGCCAAGAGCUGUCCAGGGAACGACGAGGAGGACUCGGAUACCGGACUGAGCUCUAUGCAUAGUCAAGACUCGGAUUCGGUGCCUGUGUGUGAAUCCCUUGUGUAA